GAAUGUACAAAUUAGUAGGGAAAUUCUUUGCUUGUGGCGGCAUUCAUAGACAUGUAACGUUGUAGUAAUAUUAUCCUUCUAAUGGAAAUGUUUUGAUUGUUUUCUUCAGACUAUAAGAGGAACAUUAAGUCACACAAGUGAAAGUGUUUGUAUAAAAUGGAAGCAGAAAAUGAGGAACAGCGGAUACGACCGAUGAACUGUGAAUUAAAAGUUUUAAGCAGAUCAGACGGUUCGGCAAUUUUUACUCAAGGAGACACUGCAGUUGUAACUGCAGUAUUUGGACCUGUUGAAGUAAAGCCACAGCGGAUAUUGAUAGAUAAAGCAUGUGUUGAAGCACUUUACCGUCCUAAAUCAGGCCUACCAUGUGUACAUGACAGGAUGCAUGAGUCACUGCUUCGAAACACAUGUGAAACUUCCCUGCUUGCUACCCUUCAUCCGAGAACGUCAAUAUCGAUCAUAAUACAAGAGAUGCAAGACUCAGGUGGACUCUUGGCAUGUGCAGUCAAUUCAGCUUGUCUUGCACUAAUGAGUUCUGGGAUUGCAAUGAAAUUUUUAGUUGCUGCAGUCAGCUGUAUGAUCAGUCAAGAAGAUAAAUUACUGAUUGAUCCAACCAACAAACAACUUAAGGACAGCAAAGCAAGUUUGACGUUUGUGUUUGAUAGUGUUAAGAAGAACACUGUUGCUUCCCAUACAACUGGAAGUUUCACCCAGAUCCAAUAUCAAGAAUCUCUUAUGAAAUGUAGAAAUGCAAGUGAUAAUAUAUUCAGUUUAUAUAGAGACAUGGUCAAGAAAUAUGCAUCAAGAAUAUAAUUCUGUGUUUCUAGUUUGUGCAGAACAUAACAGGUGUAGAAGUAACUACCUUUUUACAGUUUACUUACCAAAGGUUUUCACAUUUGGUGGAAAUGUUUUCCAGACUAUUUAAUGUUUAUGAACGGUACACUCAUACUACUUUAUGUUGAAGCAUUCCAGCGUGUUUUGUGUUUCCAGCAGUUGACAAUAAAUCCAACUACAGUUGUUUGUGUAGAUGGAUUUGUUAUCAGUCGCUGGGAAUAGCCAUACAUUCUGAUGAUUCAUAUUUGAAUAUAAUACUAAAUUACAGUCCAUAUGAAGUUUCAUAUCAUGUGCAAACAGAGAAAACCAUUGUUUUCAAAGUUACUGGAUGUGUAUUUAAUUUUCAUGCUUCUUUGACAGAUAUUUGUGUAACAAUGUUCUUGUUUUCAUCUUCAAUUUUGAUUGGUAGAUUUGGGUGUGAUGUGAAGUGUAGUGGAAUACAACUCCAUUGUUCUGCAACUGAGCUAAAGGGUGUAAUUGCAAAUGUUGUAUGGAAACUGUGAAUUUGGGAAGACAAGAAUUUUAAGAUUGACCUUAUGGAGAUACUUUAUAGGGAUCUGAAGUGGCUCAGGAUCAUGUCAGGGCUUUGAUAUUAGAAAUAUCGAACCUUUGGGUUUUGUUAAUGUGGUGCUUAGGGAUUUGAUUGAAUACACACUCUAGUUCCUCAUAAAAGCUCUUGUUUUUAUCAUGAUUAUUUUCAGUUGGUGCACGCAUACCCAGAACAGUGAACUCUUAGUAUUGUGUAUGGUAGACUAUCACCAACAAACUGUAUCCUCUUAAUCAUUGGUGUGGUACACUUACAUGCAAAAAAGCCUGCCCGUAAGUGAUCAUCAGUAUUCUUAUUUCCAUAGAAGAAUGCAAAAUUAUCAGUGCCACCCUCGUCCCAUCUGACUUCCUGUACUCAGCAAAAUAUCUUAUAUUUUGCUAAUUCAAAGAACCUAACAUUCAGGGUUCCAAAUCUUGUCCAUUUUCUGUGCUUAGGGCAUCCCAAAGAAUCUAUCCAAGGCCCUGUGUAACAUUCCAUAAAAUUCUAUAAAAUUACAGUUUUUUAUGGUGUGGAGUUGUUAGCCCCUGCCUAACCCCCAAGAUGGAGGACCACCCUUUGUGGGUUGUGCACGACUGUUUAUUCAGUAUAUUGACAGCUACAUUUAUACCUAAAGGCCUUCUUCUUCAUCCACAACCUGUAGAUAUGCCAUAACAUUGUGAUAAGGAACCCACUUAACAUGUUUUUGUUAGUACUGUCAAAUAAAAAUACUGCAGUUGAAGUUAUUUUAAUGGGAGAAUAAAAUUGGUUCUUAAAAUUUUUUAACAUUGGAUAGUUUUCUUGUAAUGAAGCAUUUUGAUAGAUAACAUAAUCUUGAGAUAACUAACAUCAUGGAGCUUGAAAAGCUAGUUAAUCAAGAAAUUCCCGCUUUUAUGGAACUCAAUGUUCUUUACCAUGUUCACAAGGGCCUGCCACAAGUCUCUAUCCAGAGCCAUAUGAGUGAAAUCCACAUCCUCAAACUCUAUUUCUGCAAAGUCAAUUUUAAUACCAUCCUGUCUACAUCUAGGUCUUCCAAGUGAGCUCUUACCUUCCAUGUCAUAAUUGGAAAAGUAAUAAUCAUGUUUAAAAACUCUGUACAGGUAGUCUGGUUUAAGACUGUGCCAUGAACUUUUCAUUGCAAAGCCACCAGUCUCUACAACUAAUUUUAUGAUUGUAUGCCAUAAAACAAUUCUGUGUGUAUUUUCAAUUUCAUUCAAUUCUUACCCAGUAACAUGAUUUAAUAUGACGAGAAAAGAUAAUGGUAAUAAAACUACAGAUUUCUACAGUA